AUGCCCCCCAACAAGAGUGACAGCGACUUGGACUACGACGACGACAAGUCGGCGCCGGUCGAGGUGCCCAAGAAGUGCAAGGCGACCGGCGCGGACGAGGACAAUGGCGAGAGCGGUGGAGAGGACGUCGAGCUUCUCACAGCGGAAGAGAUGGCGACGGCCAACAUCAACUACAACAACACCCUCGAGUACUGCAGCUUCCUGACCGGAGUUGUCAACGAAAUGCUCGUCAAGAGCGGACGUCCCGCAUGGGACGGCAUCGUGCCCCCGCGCGAUCAGUACCACGAGUACAUCAAGAAGUACCGCCUCGGCGGUGGCGCCCCCUCUGCGGGUCCCAGCGCACCCAAGACGCCGCCCUCUCCCCCCACUGCGCCCCACGCGAGCGACUCUCAUCCCGACGGCGGCGACGUCUCGGUCUAUGACCCGAAGCCAAGCCGCGCCUAUGAAGAGGUCAACGCUCGUAUCACCCAGUGCUGCGGCGUUACCGACGACUCGUCUGAUGCCUGUUUCCGUUUCUCCCUCUUCGUCUGCGCCGAGCUCCACACUGCCCAUACCCAUUGCCCAUUUGAAGGCGAGCACGACCUCGACGACCAGCACGACCUCGACGACGACACGGGAGAGGCCUACAUGAUCGAAAAGGCGUGGGACGUCGUCGAAAACAUCUGGAAGGACGCUGGUCUCUCAACCGAAAUUUCCGAAUCCAAGGCCCAGCAGCUCGCCCUCGACCUCGUCGUCGCUUCCGCUGUCGCCUGCCACCGCAGCGGUAUGAAGAUUGUCGCCGAGAACCUGGUCGACGCGGUGGGCGUGAUGAUCAAGAAGGCAGGCAAGGAGGCCGCUCCUUAA